AUGUCAAGCAUUUGCAAGUCUAGACUUAUGGAAGAACGACGCCAGUGGCGUAAAGAUCAUCCUUAUGGCUUUUACGCUCGACCGGUAAAAACUGAAAAUGGUUUAGAUCUACUGACUUGGCAAGUUGGAAUUCCUGGCAAGAAAGGAACAGCAUGGGAGAAUGGAGUUUAUAAAAUGACGAUAACUUUUCCAGAAGGCAAAUUUGUUCCCGCGUUAUUUCAUCCUAACGUCUAUCCAUCCGGAACGGUUUGUUUGUCAAUCCUAAAUGAAGAAGAAGGAUGGAAGCCCGCGAUUACAAUUAAACAGAUCCUAUUGGGAAUACAAAACCUGCUUGAUGAGCCGAAUCCCGAUAGUCCUGCACAAUCCGAUGCUUAUAUGUUAUUCAAGAAAGAUCGCGUCGCAUAUGAAAAGAGAAUAAAACAACAAGCCAAGGAAAAUCCGGCGUAG